CUCUUUUUUCUUUUAAUAUAAUAGUUUUAUGCUUGCCAAGCCUAGGCAUCAGGAAGCAUAAUUAAUUAUGUCUCAAUUGUUCAAUUCAGCCAAUUUAUAUAAUAGAAACCAUAUAAAUUGAAGAAUCCAACCGUACUCCCCUUUAGAAAGAUUUAAAAAUGUAAUAGUUAUUAUCUAAUCUUCAGAUGUAUUAAUAUAUUUAGAUAAUUAAGUUUACAAAUUCAAUUAUAUAUUCUGAAAUUUAUUUUUUAUUUUUUUAAUUCAUCGCUGGCUUAGUGUAUUUUAUAUUUAUAAGAAAACAAAUAGAGGGCGCCCGGGCGGGAAUGAGAGCGAAUCGGACGGCUAAGAUUUCUUGUUUUUUACGAUUGGAACUAAAGCUUGAUGGGUCCCAUUAUCUCAUCUCUUAGUCAAUGACGCGUCCUGUCUUUCGCUUGUUUACCGGAUAAACGGCGCCGUGUUCUUCUCGAACGCAAGAGACGAGGUGUCGUUUAGUGGGCAAUGUCUCCCGAAUCUCAGCGCAAUGCUUUUGCUUCCCUGGAGUUGUAGUUUUAGUAAAGUGCCUUUGAGCCUCUGACGGGGAAGAGAGGAACUAAACUAAUGAACGACCUCUCUAAUGCGGUGGUGAGAGAGCAGAAUAGCGAGAGCUGCAAUCCAAUACCGAGAAAAGCAAUCUGCAUUCUAGUGGCUUUGUUCGUGACUGGGCUUUCGGUUUCUAUUUUUAUUUUGAUUGUGGUCCACAACCCCAUUUUCUUUCUUUCUUUCAUCUUGCUCUCUGCUUUCGUUUUAUCCUUCAUAGCUUGGAACAGGCUUAAUUGGAGGCAUAACUAUGCUACUAUUCGCUUUCUUCGCUCAUUCCCCGAUUCUGAGCUUGCUUCUGCACGUGAGGGACAGCUUGUUAAGAUCACUGGGGUUGUGUCAUGUGGGAGUGUUUCCUUGGAAUCUUCAUAUGAAAGGACUACCAGAUGUAUCUAUGCAUCUACACUUUUGUAUGAAUAUGGAGGAUUUCGACUAAAGCCAAGUGCUGCUAACAUGUCAUGCUUCCAGUGGAAUUUAACAUAUUGUGAGAGGUUUUCAACCGACUUCUAUAUAACUGAUCAAAAGUCUGGUAUCAGAGCUAUGGUGAAAGCUGGUCCUGGUUGUAAAGUUGUUCCUCUGAUUGUUGAGAGCAAACUAGUGAGUACUACAAGAAAUUGCAGAAGUCUAUCCUCUCCCUUGAGGAAAUGGUUGCAAGAGAGAAACCUCUCAGUUGAAGCCCGUCUCCUGCGUUUGGAAGAAGGGUAUAUACAAGAAGGCAGCACUGUGACUGUAAUUGGGGUGCUGCAAAAAAAUAACGAAGUUGUGAUGAUUGUUCAACCAGAAGAGCUUCUCACUACAGGAUGCCUGUGGGAAAAGCUUCUUUUCCCCAUUGAUAUUGAUGGACUAGUACUAGGAGUCUCCAGUCUACCUGGCCGCAUCAUGAACCCAGAUUACAGGUCUCACAUUGAACAAUAAUGUCUAACUCAUAUUGGAAAAAUAGGGAAAUAUAGGAUUUUAGAGACUUGUGGUUGAUAAAUUGAUUUCUUCUAGAAAUUUAUCCCCAUCAUGUUGUACAUGCACCUUUGCACUUGAUAAACUGAGAGAUCCUUAAUGGCCAGUGGAUUGACACGUGGACUCAGGUGGAGCAAGGUUCACUAAUCUGGAUCUUCUGAAAAGGAUAUGGAUCGAGAAUAUUGUAAUUUUUUUUUUUUUCACAAGCUUGAAGAAGGUUAAUUUAGAUGUAGAAUGAGAGCAAAUGCUCUAGGGAAGAAGAUAAUAAAGAAGAAAUAAUGGCGAGUGGGAAUGUUGGGAUGAAUCUACAUCGUAUUGUUAUGUUUGUUUAUUUA